ACCGCGGUGACUUUAUAAAAAAAAACAAUACGGAUGUGCGUCCCUUGGCCGUUAACGUUUGUCAUUGGCCCUUCGUCCGUAGGUGACGCUUGACUACGCGUCUCUUCCAGACGUCAAACGUGCCUCGACGCCUCGUGACAUUCUUUUUACUGCCAUUUUGUUUCCGCUGUUCACCGUGUUCGGAAGUCGGAUCAUAUCGAAUUUUGUCCCGAAUUAAAUGAAUUCAGAUACGCGUCUCCUAAAGUCAUAACUGUCUGUUGCUAGCACAUCGUUGUAGCUAAUUUCAUUAAUUGCUGACGUUCGUCGCGUCUCGUCUCCGAGUUACGACGUUUGUCUGUUCCGGACGCCAAACGUCAAACGUGCCUCGACGCCUCGUGACAUUUUUUUUACUGCCAUUUUGUUUCCGCUGUUCACCGUGUUCGGAUGUCGGAUCAUAUCGAAUUUUGUCCCGAAUUAAAUGAAUUCAGAUACGCGUCUCCUAAAAUCAUAACUGUCUGUUGCUAGCACAUCGUUGUAGCUAAUUUCAUUAAUUGCUGACGUUCGUCGCGUCUCGUCUCCGAGUUGCGACGUUUGCACGUUUGCUAACCUAACCUUUCGGGUUGGGUCACGUUUACGAGUUUCGCUUAUUUGAAGAACCAUAGACAAUUUUCACUAUGAAUAUAUUACAUAGCGAAAAUUUCGAUCUAUGCAGGAUUUGUCUGUCGGAGCCGGAGUCUAACAGACAUAUGCAGUUCUUACAUAUUUUGGGUACUGUUGAAGGAAAUUUCGAUUUGAAGCAACAGUUUGAAGAACUAAUAGGAAUCCAAAUUGAGUCAAACGACAAUAAACCAAAAAUUGUAUGUGAUAAUUGUUAUAAGGCAAUCUUUGCCUGGUAUGAAAUGAAGAAGAAAGCGAAAGAAUCUGAAAUCGUUAUCAAUUACAUCGCUACGAAAAGAUUUGGUGUAAAUAAUCCUGGAACAUCUAAGGCGUCUAACUCAUCGGCAACAUUGAGAGAUAGAAAAUCAAUUAAAAAUGAUGUUAAUUUAAAUGCUAGUACGAGUAGAGCUAGUACGAGUAGAGCUAGUACUAGUAGAGCUAGCACUAGUAUGGCUAUUACUAGUAGAGCUAGCACUAGUAGAGCUAGUACUAGUAGAGAUAAUACUAGUAUAGCUAGUACUAGUAGAGCUAGCACUAGUAGAGCUAGUACUAGUAGAGCUAGCACUAGUAGAGAUAAUACUAGUAUAGCAAGUACUAGUAGAGCUAGCACUAGAAGAGCUAAUACUAGUAUGGCUAGUACUAGUAGAGCUAGCACUAGUAUGGCUAGUACUAGUAGAGCAAGCACUAGUAGAGCUAGCACCAGUAGAAGUUACUAUAAUCAUGGUCAUUCUAGUCGUACUAUUUUAACUACUAUUUCAAAUGUAGAAUCUGUUGUUGAGGAGUCUAAUGAUGACUGCAUUGAAAUACAAAAUUCAGUCAAUACAGUUGAAUCUGAAAACUACAGUGGACAUGAGAUUGAAGAAAGCAAACUUGACAUUAACUAUACUGAUAUUGAAUUACUUAGUACAACUAGCCAUGAAUCUAUUGUUUUUAGUAUUAAAAAUGAAGACCUGAGUGAAGAUGAAUCUGAUGAUAAUUCAUUCUUCCCAGAAGCAAAACAUCUGCCUCAAACAAGUAGAUAUAUUAAUAAUCAAAAUGGGAAUGAAAAUAAAAAAUUAUAUUACUGUAACAUUUGUCAAAAGGACAAUGUUCUGGAUCAUAAUUGUUUUGAAUACAAUAAAAAUUUUUCUACCUGCUUGGUACCUAAUUGUAACAUAUUAUCAAGAUCAAUAGAUGAUUUUAUGCCACAUUAUCAACUACAUAUUGGUAUGUCUUCUUCAGCAGUUAUGUGUAAACGCUGUUAUCAAGAAAUAGAAAAAUCUGACUUUAGUGCCAAUGGCUGUCACGUACAGUGUCGUAAAGUUAAUCCAUUUAAAUGUUAUACAUGCAAUAUUAUAUUUAAUAAUAUGGCAGAAUUUGCCUUCCAUAAAUUAAAAAAACAUAAUGGCCGAUUGAUGGACUCAGAGGGUAAUUAUUUAUGUUUAUAUUGUGAAGAAUAUUCUACAGAGCUUCCAGAUGUUAUUGGUCAUAUUAAGAAUUGUCUUGAAGGUCAGUCGAAAAAUGUACCACAUACCAUCCGUAUCCAAUUGCCUGCUAUAGGUGAAACAUAUUCUAUUGCAAAAAACACUCAGAAGAAAAAUGCACCGGUACAAAGUAAAAAGAAUAAGAAAAACUUUUCAUAUACACCAAAAAUGUCACUUUUUACUUGCUUAAAACCUUCUUGUAAUCUCAUCUACCAAUCUUCUACAGCAUUCAAAAACCAUCAUCGUCAACAUUCUGGAAUUAAAACAGGAUACUUGAUGUGUUGGCAAUGUUGUAAUGGAUUUAAAGAUUUGAAUGGCCUUAGACUUCAUCAAGCAAGAGAUAAUUGUCCUACCCCUGGAAUAUUCAAAUGCGAUAAAUGCCCAGAAAAUUUUGAUGAUAUUGAAAGUUUAAGUGUACAUAAAUAUACUUUGCAUAAUGGUAAAUUCAUAGCGGCCGUAAGAAAAAAGAUUAUUAAGUGUCCAUUUUGUAAACUGGAAACUAAAGUUAAAGGUUUUAAAUCUCAUCUGAUUGCAUGUGAAAAGAAGAUUAAAAGUAUCAAAACAACUAAUUGUACUACUAACAACUUGGAAGAUGCUUAUAAAUGUGGUAUAUGCGAUAAGACUUUUGGUGCAGCUGUAUCCUUAUCAAAUCAUUUAAGAGUUCACAAACCACGUGCAUAUCGCAAAUCAGUAAUGUAAUAUUGAAAAAAAGAAUAAGUAAAUUAUCUUUAAAUGAAAAACAUCUUGAGUCCAACUCAAAAGAACUGAUUGUCAGUGGAAAGAUAACUAUUACUAAACUAAGGUUAAAUGUUAAAUUAUCUAUUUUAAUUUAGCUUAAUUUUCUAUACUCUCAUAUAUAUUUUUUUUUUUUUACUUUAUAAUGAGCUUUAUAAUGUAUAUUUGAAUAUUUUUUAAACAGUUAUAACAUUUGUUUUAAUCAUGGAAAAUAAUUUGUUCCAUAUAUUUUUGAAGUUAUCUAUUAGUUUCUUAAGUAACCCAACUAAAUUCCAUUAAAAUAAGAAAAUUAGAUUAAGUUUUUUAAAUAUAUAAGUUAUUGUCAAUGAUAUUCAAACAUUAUUAAAAAUUAAACAGUGAUUAAAAGGAUUCACAAUUUGCUUCAAACAUGACACUGAAAAAAAGUAAUAACGACAUCAUCUUAUUGAAAACAUCUUUAAUUUGUUAUACUGUAAUUAUAAUCGUGUAACUAAUUAACUGAUUGUAUUAAGAAAAUUAUCUUCAGUGACCUAACCUUACAAGACACAAUAAUUUUUUUAUGCUAGGGCUUAAUAAAAUUGUUUGUUCUAUGUUUUAUUUUAUAUAUUUUCUACUUUAUUAUUAUUUUUUUUUACUUUAUAAUGUAUAUUUGAAUAUUUUUUAAAUAGUUAUAACAUUUUUUUUAAUCAUGAAAAAUAAUUUGUUCCAUAUAUUUUUGAAGUUAUCUAUUAGUUUAUUAGGUAACCCAACUAAAUUCCAUUAAAAUAAGAAAAUUAGAUUAAGUUUUUUAAAUAUAUAAGUUACUGUCAAUGAUAUUCAAACAUUAGGUAUUAAAAAUGAUUAAACAGUUAUUAAAAGGAUUCACAAUUUGCUUCAAACAUGACACUGAAAAAAAGUAAUAACGACAUUAUCUUAUUGAAAACAUCUUUAAUUUGUUAUACUGUAAUUAUAAUCGUGUAACUAAUUAACUGAUUGUAUUAAGAAAAUUAUCUUCAGUGACCUAACCUUACAAGACACAAUAAUUUUUUUAUGCUAGGGCUUAAUAAAAUUGUUUGUUCUAUGUUUUAUUUUAUAUAUUUUCUACUUUAUUAUUAUUUUUUUUUACUUUAUAAUGUAUAUUUGAAUAUUUUUUAAAUAGUUAUAACAUUUUUUUUUAAUCAUGAAAAAUAAUUUGUUCCAUAUAUUUUUGAAGUUAUCUAUUAGUUUAUUAGGUAACCCAACUAAAUUCCAUUAAAAUAAGAAAAUUAGAUUAAGCUUUUUAAAUAUAUAAGUUACUGUCAAUGAUAUUCAAACAUUAUUAAAAAUGAUUAAACAGUUAUUAAAAGGAUUCAAAAUUUGCUUCAAUCAAACAUGACACUGAAAAAAAAGGAAUAACUACAUCAUCUUAUGAAAACAUCUUGAAUUUUUUAUAUUUUAAUUAUUAUUGUGUAACUAAUUAAUUGAUUGUAUUAAAAAAUUAUCUUCAGUGACUUAACCUUAAGAGACAAUAAUUUUUUUAUGCUAGGGUUUAAUAAAAUUGAUUGUUCUAUGUUUUAUUUUAUAUUUCUAUGCAGUACAUUAAUUUUUUUCUUUUUAAUAUUGUAUAUUUGAAUAUUUUUUUUAUUAAAUAUACCUAACACUUUUAAACUUUGGAAUAUAAUCUGUUUCAUACCUAUAUUUUUUAAAUUUUAAAUUGGUAGAAAGAGUCGGCAAUAAAAUUUGCAAAUUUGCGUUAAAAUGAGGAUAUUAUAUUAUGUUCUUUAAUACAUAAGUUACUAUCAAUGAUAUUCAAACAUUAUUAAAAAUUAAACAAUGAUUAAAAGGAUUCACAAUUUGCUUCAAACAUGACACUGAAAAAAAGUAAUAACGACAUCAUCUUAUUGAAAACAUCUUUAAUUUGUUAUACUGUAAUUAUAAUCGUGUAACUAAUUAACUGAUUGUAUUAAGAAAAUUAUCUUCAGUGACCUAACCUUACAAGACACAAUAAUUUUUUUAUGCUAGGGCUUAAUAAAAUUGUUUCUUCUAUGUUUUAUUUUAUAUAUUUUCUACUUUAUUAUUAUUUUUUUUUACUUUAUAAUGUAUAUUUGAAUAUUUUUUUUAUUAAAUAUACCUAACACUUUUAAACUUUGGAAUAUAAUCUGUUUCAUACCUAUAUUUUUUAAAUUUUAAAUUGGUAGAAAGAGUCGGCAACAAAAUUUGCGUUAAAAUGAGGAUAUUAUAUUAUGUUCUUUAAUACAUAAGUUACUAUCAAUGAUAUUCAUACAUUAUUUAAAAUGGGUAGACUAUGUUGAAUUAUUGCAUUUUUUUUUUAUGGAUUGAUGUUAUUAGUAAAUAAUUUUAAUAGUAAAUGCUUAAUUAUAACAGACAGUGAUACAAAAACUUAAUAAAAAAUAAUUAUUUUUA